GACGGCAAUCCGCAAAGUUUAGUUUCAAUCAAAUCCUCACCAAAAACGGUCGUACGAAUCGGCUCAGUGCGGUGUUCUAUCCGUGAUUCCGGCGCGUUCUCGGGUGUGUAACACGAUCUUUGUGUCUUCCGUUGAUGUCUCGGGAUAAGCCUUUGAAGACCUGCUAGAAGUGCUGAUAGAGAAGACGACAACGGCGACGCUUGGGUGCAUUUUUUGUGUUCCGAUGACGAAGGCAAUAGCAUUUAUGACCAGGAUGUUCUGAGUGUGAUGCAUCGUUGAUGUACGGGAAAGUGACACGCUUCGGCCCUCGAAACGCAUCACGCCAAUAGUGCAUACAUUCCUUUUGACAUCAGCGCGUAAUUUGACGAGGGAUACUUUCAGAAACGCCAAUUUUAACAGUUAAUUAGGGUUCACGUUGAAUUAGAUCUAUCCUUCUUUUUGAGUGAUUCAAACUGUGUGCAUCGUUUACCAGUGAAGGAGAUUUCGACAGAGAGCUGACGAUAUGGCGAUCGCGACAUCAAGGUUGCGAUCACUAGCAUUUCAGGGGCUGUUGGUUCUGUUGGCGACGGUAGCUGACGGUCAAGAUUCUGCACCAUCGCAACGACCGCAGGUGCUCAACGAUGGAUCGUUCAAGUUUGCCGCCAAUACGGGUUUCUCCUGCAGUGGCCGAGCCGCCGGGUACUACGCGGACAUUGAAACCGGUUGUCAGAUUUACCACAUGUGUGACGGAUUGGGACGGCAGUUCAGCUACGCCUGUCCCAAUACGACCCUGUUCCAGCAGCGAAUGCUAAUCUGCGAUCAUUGGUACAUGGUCAAUUGUUCCAAAGCCGAAAGCAACUACGCAGCGAAUCUGCUAAUUGGUCAACGGGACAAACCAUUCGUGACGGAUGAUGAGAAUGAACUGCGAACGCCACGCCCAGAUUUGUUGGACACACCAUACGCGGCCGGCUUCAACAUGGAAUCGUUAAAGUACAACUUUUUCAAGACAAAUAUUCCAGCACCACAGAACACCAUAUCUUCGAAUGGGAAAAGGCCGACUAAAGCACAAACGACUAAACCAAAGCAGACGACAACCGAAAUUUUCGAAGAGAGCGCCAGUAAUCACGGUCUUCCUAUUCAUUGGAGCACGCGUUAUGCCAAGGAAGACGAUGAUAAGGAACGAAAGGAUGAUAAGCAGGCAUUAGAUGCGCCAUUGAGCACCGUAAUACCGCUGAGCUCAGGGGAAACACAACUGCAGGGUAACAAACUCAAUGAACGUCGUAACGUGAAGGAUAAUGAGAACAGAACUACGGCUCGCGCUAUCACCACAGACACAUUUAAUAGGGUUGAAGAGGCUGCCAGCAACAACGAUCAAGUCAACGUCAAAAUACCAUCGAUUCGUUAUGAACCUCCGUUCACACCAGAAGAACAGUCAAAACGUGGAGGCACCGUAAAAGAUUCAUUGGGAGCCGGGUUCAAACCUUUCGAAUCUGUCUUGAAUUUUAACAAGAAAGGUAAUCGAAAGGACUACGAUUUCUCAAACUUCUUCAAUCGGAAUGAAAGUAUCAAGAACACUGCGCCAACACAGGCAGCAACUCCGUUAACUACCACUCCACGAACCGUUCCACCAAGCACCACGAGAUUCGUAAGCAGUUCUUCGACUACUUCAGUACGCCCAACCACCAGAUUCACGACAACUCCACGUCAAGCGGGCUUCAUUACUUCAUCAGGACCAACAACGAAGCCGAUCGCUAUCGUAGUCUCUGAUCUACAACCACCUCAACUCAAUCCAGCACAGUUUGCGCCAAGAACUGGUUCAGUUUUUCAACCAAAUGUUGUCAGCACAACUGCCAGAAGCUUUUUCUCCACGGCUACAACAACAACUGCUGCACCAACAUUUAAACCACAGCUCCUGUCCGACCCACGCCAAUCAAACCGUGCUCCAACUACGAUCCUGUUUAACCCUCCAGCGGCUACAGCCGGUCUUUUUGAAAACCGUUUUGCGCUUCAACGUCCUCCGGUGACGUCCGAUGUUCCAAUUCCAUCUCGAGAAAUCCUUCCUCCGUUCCAGAACGUUGCAAAUUUUGACAAAAUUAAAAAUCGUUACGUAAAUGAAGCGAUAUUUACACGUCAACCCAUAACCAAUGAGCCGUCCAGCGGACCCAUUAAGUCCGGAAUCGACAAGCUUUCAGGUGACGUUCAAAUCCAAGUCAGAAACGAUAACGCACCUCGGCCUUUCAGCGUCCCAGCACCUGCCAACGAUCUUCUUCCUCCGAAGAAAGAAUACGUAUUCUACGACGACGCAACCACCAAGGGACCUCCAAUCUAUUACCAGUGGAAGUGGUCUAUUCCAUCCUUCGGGCUUGAUCCACCUCUUGAUGCGCCACUGACCGACGAAGAAAAAUUACUUACCCAACUGAACCCCGCGUCUCAGGAUUCUCCCGACACGAAUCGCGAACACAAUCAAACCGCUCGCUCGAUUUCCUCCGAAACUGGAAACCCAGGCGAGAAUUCCUCGACCGGCAACUCGUUCGCUGAAGCAAACAGGCGCAAAAUCCAGCAGCCGAACCACAACUAUCUUGAACUGCGCAAACAGCUGGCCAUCCCGGAUUUCACCUUCCCGCUGGAAAACGUCGCUGCAGCGAAAAGCGUGUACGACAAUGAGGCCGCAGUCAAUUCUUUUCAAAUAAGAAUCCCAGCCUAUGCCCGCAGCGAUGACGACAGUACGGCUUGGUACGGUGAAAACGCCAAAUGUCCCCAAUGCCAUCCUGCUUUUGUGAGGCCUGGCAGCUGCGAACCGUGUAUCAAAAUUCGGAGAUAAACUUUCAGUUUCCCUUCGGACCUCAUUCCUUAGUCCUUUCCCUUCCCUUCUACGAGUAAGUUUGUUGUUGGUAAGCUAGUUAAGAUAAAGCUCCAAAGUCCCAAUAUCCUGGAAAUAUCCCGACAGAAACAACAAUGCAUUCAAGUAUUUUAGGUAGUUAAGAUUUGAAGCACUAGUUUAUGCCCUCGAUUGGGAAAAAUAUCAGAUCAUUCCGCAGCUCAUGACCUCUUGGACACAUAAUUUAUUGACUCACUCAACCAAAACAUUUCGCGAAAGUAUUCCGAUCUAGCCGUAUGCAAGACUUUGAUACCUUAUUAACCCAAAGCGCUCAAUCAAGCAUCCACCUAACUGCAAGAGGUCGUGACAGUCUCCGGAAUGGUCAAGGUCCUCGGACCAGAGAUUACAACGAGUUGUACAUACACCACCGCGAAGUAAAUGAGUUGAACAGAAAUAAACGUGUGUAAAAAAACAGAAAUAAAGAUAUGUUGAAUAAGA